AUGGAGAAUCCCGUUGUCAAUCCGGCGAUCCCUUUUAAAGGAAAAAUUCCUGGAGGCCUAGUGCCUGGACGAAUGUGUAGGAUUCAAGGGGUGAGCCAUCCAGAUUCUGACAGAUUUAAUAUAAACUUCCAAGUCGGUCCUAAACCUAGCGAUGAUACAGCUCUCCAUAUUUCUGUUCGACACAAACAAGGAUACAUAGCUAGAAAUUCCUACAUAAAUGAAGAAUGGGGCGAAGAAUCAGGAGAUGGCGAAUUAACAAUUGGACAAGGAGAAUCUUGGGAAAUAAUUAUUUUGGUGGAUCAAAAUGAAUACAAGAUAGCAGUGAAUGGUCAACAUUUCAGCGAAUUCAAGCACAGAGUACCGUUCUCCACAGUGACUGAUCUGCAAAUCGAUGGAGACGUCAGCAUUACUCUUAUAUCCUGGGAAGGAAUUAUGGGUCUAGGUGCUGGCGAAGACAUUAAAAAAGUCAGCCAAACAGAUACUCAUUCUCAAUGGGCUCCCCAAGGAAACUACGCACCUCCCCAAGGCGGAUAUGGCCCACCCCAAGGGGGAUAUGGUCCUCCGCAAGGGUACGCACCAUCUGGUCCUGGAUACGGACCUCCUCAAGGAUAUGGACCACCACCGCCACCAGGGGCUCAACCUGAAUCAUCACUGGACAGUUUUCUGGAUGGAGCCCAGACAUUCUUAUCGGGAGCUAUAAAAAGCGGUGCUGCAGGAGCUCUCGUUGGAAAAUUCCUAGGAGGUGGAGGAGAUGCACAGAGGGGAUAUUCCCAUAACAAUGCUAAAUAUGGCAUAUAUCCUGAUCUUCCUCAAGACAUGAACCUAAAUGUCAACCAGCCUCCACCACAGUCUCAAGGUCCAGUCCAACAAUUACUUGCAGGACUUCUUUCUGGCGGUACUCAACAGCCCGGUAGUGGACCUCCAGGAUCCCACCAAGCUCCAGGAGCUCAACAAGGCCAAGUUGAUUACUCCGCUUUAUUAACGAAUUUAUUAAGUGGUCACCAAGAGUCAAAGGUAUCACAGACACAGAGUGUCCCGGGUGCUCAGCAGAGUGGACCGGAUUUCGGUUCAUUUUUAUCAGGAUUGCUCUCUAGUAAUAAUGCGCCACCACCUGGAAGACAAGCACCGCAAGGACCUCAAUCUCAAGGAGGAUCAGAUUUUGGUACAUUAUUAUCAGGUCUUCUGUCUAACCCUAAUCAACAAGCAGGAGGUCAACAUCCUGGAGGUCAGGGACAGCCUGGUUCCCAAAACCAUGGAGUUGAUCUUAGUGGCUUACUUUCAAGUCUCCCUAAUCUUCUUUCUGGUACCGCCACUAGACCUAUUCAAGAAACUGGUAAACCCUCUCCUUCACCUCAACCUACAGCUGGAUCUCAGCAACCAGAUUUUGGGUCUAUGUUAUCACACUUAUUAUCUGGAGGUUCACAACAUCCACAAGGCAAUCCUAGCCAACAUGGUCCCGGACCUGCAGGAUACCAAAGCUCUGGCCCCCAACAGUCGCAAGGAAUAGAUCUUGGUUCAUUAUUAUCAAGUUUAUUAUCACCACCUUCUGUUCAUCCUACCUACGGUGGUUCUCAACCCCCUCAAACUGGUCCUCAACUUCCUUAUGGUAAUAACCAACCUCCCCAAGGUGGAACUCAGCCCCCUUAUGCUAAUAACCAACCUCCUCAAAGUGGAAAUCAACCCCCCUAUAGCGGUAAUCAACCUUCCAAUGUCGGAGGUAACCAGUACACUGGUUCAACACAAGCAAAUAAUGAAGGGCCACCUCCUCAAAGUGCUGGAGGUGCUCCCUAUAGUGGACUCCAAAGGUCAACAUCGGCCAACAAAGGUGCUGGGCAUAACCAUGAGGAUGUAAGUGAUCAAUUAGAAAGAGAAAUGGCCCGUGAAGGAGUUCAUAGACAGUAUAGUGGUCAGGAAAAUAGGCAAAGUGGUAAUGAGCAAUACGGAUACUAUCCUCAUCCGCCAGAACAACAGAGAGGACCACUAGAAAGUUUACUUUCUGGAUUUUUAUCUGGUGGACAGCAGCCUGCUCAACAACCUCCACAUGUGCCCCAAUACGGAGGUGAAUCCAUUGGAGGACUAGGAAGUAUGGGUGGAAUUUUGCAAAACUUCGCCGGUCAAAUAUUACAUCCAAGAGAUGGAAACCAGCGUCAAAAUUAUUAA